CAUUUAAAAGCUUUAGUUAACUUUGGGCGAUCGUUGAGUUAAAGUUGUUAACGAAAAAUUGUUAAACGCGGCGGAUGUGAGUGCAAAUUUUAAAGAAUUAUAGAACUGAAGAUUGAAUUUAAACAAAAAAAAAACCUCUUGAGUGUGCGUGUGUUUGUUUGUGGCUUGUGAACCCAACUAGUUUUUCUUCAUCAUCAUCAGCAGCAUUGCUGUCUUAUUGUUUAAUUAACAAAGCACAAAUAAAAUUACAAAAAUGAGAAGCUUUAUGUAUAUGACAGUAUUAAUGGCAUUAAUUGCCUGCAGCAUGGCAACAACAGUGAAAAAUUGUCCCAAAACCAAAGCCCGUCUUUUGGAAAAUGGUGAUGUGACGAUCUCCAGCUGUCCCAAAACCAAAUGCAAUCUCAAACGCAACACAGAGGCCACAAUUGAAAUGAAAAUUAUACCCAAUCGUGAUUUCAAAGAAUUGAAUUCGGAUAUUCAAGGCAUCCUCUUGGAUGUACCAUUACCAUUCCCUGGCUAUUAUGGCACCAGCGCUUGUCCCCACAUCUACGAUGCUGAGGGUAAAAAUCAAGUGGGCUGCCCUCUAAAGGCCGGCGAGACUUAUAUCUAUAAGAAUAGUUUUAAAAUAUUGCCCAUUUAUCCUACUGUAAGUCUAACCAUUCACUGGGGUCUAGGUGAUAAGGAAGGCGAUGCAGUUUGUUUCCAGAUUCCUGCGAAAAUUAAGUCUUAAACCAAAUAAUACAUCGAUUUUUAAAUAUAAGAUUAGGCUUAAGAAAGAAAAAUGCGAGUGAAUUUAGUAUUAUAUUUAGAUAGAAUACAAGCCUUGUAAGAUAAGUGUAGCAUUGACAAAAAAAAAAAUUUAAUACAUUGCUUUGUCCAUGAGUGUAGUCUAUGCAAAGUAAACAAUACUGGAUGCGAAUUUUUGAAUUUUUGUAUUGCUCAUCUGAAACAAUUCACAUUUAAUUGUUAAUAUUUCAGCAGUUUUUAAUUACAACUUUGUAAAGAUCAUUUAAACAAAAACAGAAAAAAAUCCUACAAUUUAGAAUUAAUAAAUGAAAACUUUAAUAAAAAACGAUACAAAUUUUGCAUACAUGGAUUACCUUAAGAUAUUUAUGAUAUGAUCCACUAUGAAUAAAAGCAUCGAUCAAAAAGGAAUACAACUAAAAUAAAUUUGGGAGUUCUCUGUAGAGCAUUAAGGAUUUAAUCGACAUUUAUUUUGUGUUAAUGACUUGGAAAGCAAAUUACUUUUGAAGAAAGUAUUGAACGAUGAUUUCAAUAAACGAUGCUUUAAAUAUGAAUAAAAAUUGUUCUGAUCUGUA